CAACUGAAGAAGGGUGUGGUCACCCUGAGUGUGAGGACUCGUCUCCGCAGCCCCAGCCUGACUCCGUGCCCCACCCCCACCCUCCUCAGUCGCUCCUCCUCCCCGAACUCCAACGCCAGUCGGGGGUACCCCCAUACCCUCCACUUUCGACGAACCCCCCGAAGCCCGCAAGGGACCGCCCAGGCCUGGCCCCAAGGACCGCAUCGUUAUGGAGGUUACACUCAGUAAAGGUAGCUAUCAAAAGGGGGGGUUGAACUGUGCUGUUUCAGUUCAGUUGUUAACCUCAUUUCCCUCUGGUGUGGGAUGUGCUUUCGUUUACUCGAGUUGACAUUAAUUUGAGACCAAAUACUCCAUUAGAACUAUUCUUCCUAGAUUCUGACCCAGUUAGACUCUCUAAACUAUUCCAAGUGGUCUUGGUUAAGGUGUAUGGAGAUUGGAUGGGCAUAGGGAAUAAGUUGCCACUCUAAAAUUCCUCCAUCAACUCUCUCAAUGCAAUAACACACUUAACAAUAACAGGAUACACUAUACAGUAUAUACGAAAGUAUGUGGACACCCCUUCAAAUUAGUAGAUUCGGCUAUUUCAGCCACACCCGUUGCUGACAGGUGUAUAAAAUCGAGCACACAGCCAUGCAAUCUCCAUAGACAAACAUUGGCAGUAGAAUAGUCUUUCACGAAGAGCUCAGUUACUUUCAACAUGGCACCGUCAUAGGAUGCCACCUUUCCAACAAGUCAGUCCGUCAAAUUUCUGCCCUGCUAGAGCUGCCCUGGUCAACUGUAAGUGCUGUUCUUGUGAAGUGGAAACUUAUAGGAGCAACAACGUCUCAGCCGUGAAGUGGUGGGCCACAAAAGCUCACAGAACGGGACCGCCGAGUGCUGAAGUGCGUAGCACGUAAAAAUCGUCUGUCCUUGGUUUGCAACCCUCACUACCGAGUUCCAAACUGCCUCUGGAAGCAACGUCUGCACAAGAACUGUUCGUCGGGAGCUUCAUGAAAUGGGUUUCCACGGCCGAGCAGUCUAAGAUCACCAUGCGCAAUGCCAAGCGUCAGCUGGAGUGGUGUAAAGCUCACCACCAUUGGACUCUGGAGCAGUGGAAACGCGUUCUCUGGAGUGAUGAAUCACGCUUCACCAUCUGGCAGUCCGACGGAUGAAUAUGGCUUUGGUGGAUGCCAGGAGAACACUACCUGCCCCAAUGCAUAGUGCAAACUGUAAAGUUUGGUGGAGGAGGAAUUUGGUAUUUUAGUAGGAUCCCCAUUAGCUGUUGCAAAAGCAGCAGCUACUCUUCCUGGGGUCCACACAAAACAUGAAACAUGACAUAAUACAGAACAUUAAUAGACAAGAACAGCUCAAGGACAGAACUACAUAAAAAAAAAUUUUAAAGGCACACGUAGCCUAAAUAUCAAUACAUACACACAAACUAUCUAGGUCAAAUAGGGGAGAGGCGUUGUGCCAUGAGGUGUUGCUUUAUCUGUUUUCUGAAACCAGGUUUACUGUUUAUUUGAGCAAUAUGAGUUCCAUGCAAUAAUGGCUCUAUAUAAUACUGUAUGCUUUCUUGAAUUUGUUCUGGAUUUGGGGACUGUGAAAAGACCCCUGGUGGCAUGUCUGGUGGGGUAAGUGUGUGUGUCAGAGCUGUGUGUAAGUUGACUAUGCAAACAAUUUGGGAUUUCCAACACAUUCAUGUUUCUUAUAAAAAUAAGAAGUGAUGCAGUCAGUCUCUCCUCAACUCUUAGCCAAGAGAGACUGGCAUGCAUAGUAUUUAUAUUUGCCCUCUGAUUACAAUAAAGAGCUAGAUGUGCCACUCUGUUCUGGGCCAGCUGCAGCUUAACUAGGUCUUUCCUUGCAGCACUGGACCACACGACUGGACAAUCAUCAAGAUUAGACAAACCUAGAGCCUGCAGAACUUGCUUUUUGGAGUGUGGUGUCAAAAAAGCAGAGCAUCUAUUUAUUACGGACAGACCUCUUCCCAUCUUUACAACCAUUGAAUCUAUAUGUUUUAACCAUGACAGUUUACAAUCUAAGGUAACGGCAAGUAAUUUAGUCUCCUCAGCUUGUUCAACAGCCACACCAUUCAUUACCAGAUUCAGCUGAGGUCUAGAACUUAGGGAAUGAUUUGUACCAAAUACAAUGCUCUUAGUUUUAGAGAUGUUCAGGACCAGUUUAAUAGUGGCCAUUCCAAAACAGACUGCAACUCUUUGUUAAGGGUUUCAGUGACUUCAUUAGCUGUGGUUGCUGAUGCGUAUAUGGUUGAAUCAUUAGCAUACAUGGACACACAUGCUUUGAUUAAUGCCAGUGGCAGGUCAUUGGUAAAAAUAGAAAAGAGUAAAGGGCCUAGAGAGCUGCCCUGCGGUACACCACACUUUACAUGUUUGACAUUAGAGAAUUCUUUGAGUUCUAUUAGAUCGAAAGCCAUAACACAUACGUUUUUUCAACAACAGGUUAUGGUCAAUUAUAUCAAAGGCUGCACUGAAAUCUGACAGUACAGCUCCCACAAUCUUCUUAUUAUCUAUUUCUUUCAACCAAUCAUCAGUCAUUUGUGUCAGUGCAGUACAUGUCGAGUGCCCUUCCCUAUAAGCAUGUUGAAAGUCUGUUGUUAAUUUGUUUACAGAGAAAUAGCAUUGUAUUUGGUCAAACACAAUUUUUUCCAACAGUUUGCUAAGAGCUGGCAGCAAGCAUAUAGGUCUGCUGUUAGAACCAGUAAAGGCUGCUGGCAUUGACAACUUAGAUAGAAAGCUACUGAGGAUGGUAGCUGACUCUAUAGCCACUCCUAUCUGCCAAAUUAAUUCCGCUACCACAUUAAUAUGACAGAUAGGAGUGGCUAUAGAGUCAGCUACCAUCCUCAGUAGCUUUCUAUCUAAGUUGUCAAUGCCAGGAGGUUUGUCAUUAUUGAUCGAUAACAAUAAUAUUUCCACCUCUCCCACAUUAACUUUACAAAAUUAAAACUUUUUCUUUAAUUAUUUGUUUUUUUUUAUGCAUGAAUACGAUGGCUCACUGUUAAUUGUUGGCAUUUCCUGCCUAAAUUUGCCCACUUUGCCAAUGAAGUAAUCAUUCAAAUAAUUGGUAACAUCAAAUGGUUUUGUGAUGAAUAAACCAUCUGAUUCGAUGAAAGAUGGAGUUGAAUUUGUCUUUCUGCCCAUAAUUUCAUUUAAAGUACUCCAACGUUUUUUUUCCAUCAUUCUUUAUAUCAUUGAUCUUGGCUUCAUAAUACAGUUUCUUCUUCUUUUUGUUUAGUUUAAUCACAUAAUUUCUCAAUGUGCAGUAAGUCAGCCAGUCAGAUGUGCAGCCAGACUUAUUAGCCACUCCUUUUUCCCCAUCUCUUUCAUCCAUACAGUUUUUCAAUUCCUCAUCAAGCCAUGGAGCCUUAACAGUUCUAACAGUUGUCACGUUCGUCGUUGAGUAAAGAAUUGGACCAAGGUGCAGCGUGGAAUGCGUACAUGUUUAAUUAAGAAGUAAACACACGACAAAACAACAAUGUAACGUGAAGUUCUAAUGGGCUACACAUAAACAAGCCAAACCAGAAACAAGAUCCCACAACUAAAGGUGGGCAACAUGGCUGCCUAAGUAUGAUCCCCAAUCAGAGACAACGAUCGACAGCUGCCUCUGAUUGGGAACCACACCCGGCCAACAUAGAAAUAGAUAACAUAGCUCUACACAUAGAUAUUCACACCCUGACCAAACCAACUAGAGAUCUCUAUGUCAGGGCGUGACAAACAGUCAGUUUCAUAACAGGUGCAUUUUUGUCAAUAAUUGGAAGAAACAAUUUUAUAAAUUCAUCAAGUGCAGUGUCUGGAUGCUCCUUAUUAAUCACAUCAGACCAACAAAUAUGUUUUACAUCAUCCACAUAAGAGUCACAGCAAAAUCUUUUGUAUGAUCUCUUAUACACUAUUUUAGGCCCAGCUGUUGGAACUUUGGCUUUCCUGGAUAUAGCCACUAAAUUGUGAUCACUGCAUCCAAUGGGUACGGAUACAGCUUCAGAACAAAGUUUAGUAAAAAUGUGAUUGAUACAUGUGGAUGAUCUUGUUCCUGUAGUGUUUGUAAACACCCUGGUAGGUUGAUUAAUAACCUGAACCAGAUUACAGGCACUGGUUACAGUGAGAAGCUUCCUCUUGAGCGGACAGCUUGAUGAACACCAGUCAAUAUUCAGGUCCUCAAGAAAGUAGAUCUCUCUGUUUACAUCACAUACACUAUCAAGCAUUUCACACAUAUUAUUUAGAUACUGACUAUUAGCACUUGGUGGCCUAUAGCAACCCCCCAAAAGAAAAGGCUUUAGAUGUGGCAAGUGAACCUGCAACCACAACACUUCAAUAACACUUGACAUAAGAUCUUCUGUAAGCAUUACAGGGAUAUGGCUCUGAAUAUAUACAGCAACACCUCCCCCAUAAGCAUUUCUGUCUCUUCUGUAGAUGUUAUAUCCUUGUAUUGCUACUGCUGUAUCAUCAAAUGAAUUAUCUAAGUGCGUCUCAGAAAUUGCUAAUAUAUUAAUGUUAUCUGAUGUUAGCAAGUUUUAGAUUUUCAUGAAACGUAUUUCUAAAGCUACAUAUAUUAAUAUGGGCUAUUUUCAGCCCUUUCCUGGGUAGCUUAUCAGAGAUAGACAUAAUACUGAAAUGAGCAAACAAAGCAAGAGAAAAAUAUAUACAUUCAGCAGUCAAUUAAUCAAUUGGUGUGUGUACGAGUGUGCGUGUGCUGCGGGGUUGAAGCUACGAACCCAUAGGCUUGGCUCUCUCAUCCCUUCCAGGCCUCUGGGAGGGAGGGUGGACAAUGAGCCUGUCAUAGCGGAUGUAAGCAAUGUCCCCACGCGCUCUGGCAGCUUUCAUGGCUGGGAUAAGUUCUUUCCUCUUCUGGUGCACAGCUUCAGGAUAGUCCUCGUUGAGAAAGAUAUACGUUCCUCUCAAGUUCUUGGCUCUUUCCAGAACUGCUACCUUGUCCUUGAACCUCAGGAACUUGACCACUAUCGGCCUGGGCCUGUCACCUGGGCCGGUGUUGGGUUUUCCAGUCCUGUGGGGGCGCUCCACCUCAAUCUUCCUGUGGUCCAUCUUCAAUUUCUCAUAGAUCAUUUUCCUCACUUUGUCCUCAGAUUCCAUCCAGGUCUCAUGUGGAGAUUCUGCAAUUCCGUCAACAACCAUGUUGUUACGCCUUGAUUGUCCCUCGAGAUAGUCUGAUUCAUCCGUCAUUGUUAUUAUGGAUUCACACACAGAACUGAUGUCCUCUCUCAAUGACUUACAGAUUGCUGUCAUCUUGCAGUUCUCCUGUUUCAACUCAUUGAGCUGACCCUGGGAGAACUGCAAGCUGUUCUUCAGGUACUGGACCUCUCUGGUCAGGUCGUCCAGUAUUUUAUUGGUCGAAUCCACCAGUAUUUGGACUAAGCACUUGAAGCUAUUUUCUUGUUGUUGUAACAACUGCUUGUAGAACUAUUUUUGUUCGUUUAAAAGAUCCUUCACGUGUGAUAGAGAGACACGACUCCUCAACAGGACUCCCGCCGGCUUUGGUCUUUGUCAUGGUAGCUAGCAACUUAGGUUACGCUGUCACUCCUCGCAGUUCCAGACAGGACAGGUCACAGGGAAGAUGGAAAACAACAAACAGCAGGGAUCUAGACCGCCACAAGCCCUCAACUAGAUAACCCCACUAGCUUGAUAUGCUGCUAGCUAGCAGCUAGGCUAACUGCAACGCCAAAUAGCUCCUCAGACCCGUCCUUGGUCGGCAGGAUCACUGGACCAGAGACUAGCAAUCCCAGCAACUGAUGCGAACUGUGUCGCGGGAUCCAAACUAAAAAGUUAGCUAGCUACUAAGAACUUCCCAAUACACUUUCGAAACAACAAACUGUUCAAAACAACAAAUCCGAGCUCUUCCGCGUUCAACAGGAAGUGACGUCUGAUGGUAUGGUGGAGGAGGAAUAAUUGUCUGGGGCUGUUUUUCAUGGUUCGGGCUAGGCCCCUUAGUUCCAGUGAAGGGAAAUCUUAACGCUACAGCAUACAAUGACAUUCUAGAUGAUUCUGUGCUUCCAACUUUGUGACAACAGUUUGGUGAAGGCCCUUUCCUGUUUCAGCAUGACAAUGCCCCCGUGCACAAAGCGAGGACCAUACAGAAAUGGUUUGUUGAGAUCAGUGUGGAAGAACUUGACAGGCCUGCACAGAGCCCUGACCUCAACCCCAUCGAACACCUUUGGGAUGAAUUGGAACGCCGACUGCGAGCCAGGCCUAAUCGCCCAACAUCAGUGCCCGACCUCACUAAUGGUCUUGUGGCUGAAUGGAAGCAAGUCCCCCCAGCAAUGUUCCAACAUCUAGUGGAAAGCCUUCCCAGAAGGGUGGAGGCUGUUAUAGCGGCAAAGGGGAGACCAACUCCAUAUUAAUUUUAAGGUGUUAGCAUUGCAUUCAGAACACGUAAUGCACGCUGGCACCGACAGACCACCAUGAGACUGUAUUUCAAUGGAAACCGUUGACCAGCCAGUUGAACACCUGUGAUCAUAACAGAGUUAGACUGUCCUGCCAGGGUACAAACCUGUUAGUCUUGGAUCACAGCAGAGGACAUUUUAUAAACAAGAGACUGUCCUGCCAGGGUACAAACCUGUUUGCAGAGGACAUUUUUGAGGAAAUGAACUUCAGGAAGGAUUGCUCAAUACCUGGAGGUGUCAUUUCUCUAGAUUUGAUUUAUCUUUAAUUUGCGCGUCUCUCGUUAGGAAGGUACCACACUUUGCUUUGGUAUGAUUAAGUAAUCACUGGUUUCAUUAGAAAAAUGGGAUGUCUCCAUUUCAUAUGCCCUCUCCAUGCUUUUGGCCUGAAACUGUAACUUCAAUACAAAUGUAUAUAUCUUACACUUCAUGAGGAAGCCAGAUGAGGAGAGAAGGACAUUGAAAAAUGCUACAAAUGAAACUUGCUCCUCCCUUGUGUCUAAUCUGCUGUGCUAUUCUUUUUUGUGUCCUGUGUGUGUGUGCGCGUGUGUGUGUUCCAUUUCUGUGGUGUGUGUGUGUGUGUGUGUGUGUGUGUGUGUGUGUUUCUCUCUCAGAGCCUGGGGUGGGUCUGGGAAUAGGGGCCUGCUGUCUAACCCUAGAGAACAGUGCUCCAGCCAUCUACAUCCACAGUCUGGCCCCCGGCUCUGUCGCCAAGAUGGAUGGACGACUC